AUGUCGCUGGAAGAAGUCAAGCAGCAGCGCUUACUAACCCGGAAAAACAUGUCCCGCAUAAGGACAAUAGUGGAGGCAAGCGAAAGUAAAACUGGAAAAAUACUUUCGCCCAUUGAACUCAAGUGUCGACUCGGAAUUUUAGAUUCCUAUUUUAAGCAGGGGUUGGGCUAUCAAACGCAAAUCGAGAAGCUCGAUCCAGAAGACAAUGGUAGGGGUGACCUGGAAGACCUCUACGUCACCAUCCGUUCAAACAUCCAAAUGCAGCUCGGUGAAGAUGAACACAAUUCAACGAUCCCUGAAUCAUCAGCAGCAAUUCCUGUUUCGCAUUCAAAAAUACCAGCAUUAAAGCUACCCGUAUUCUGUGGAAGGUACUCGGAAUAUAAAAAUUUCAUCGCAUCAUUCAUGCACGUCAUCGAAAAUGAGUCAUCGCUGUCUAAUAUUGAGAAGUUUAACCAUCUCCUCAAUUGUUUACAAGGGCAGGCCUUGGAGACUGUGAAGGCGUUCCAAAUCACCAGCGAGAACUACUCAAAGGCAUUAGACAGAUUAAAAUCCCGUUACGACAAUAGCACGCUCAUCUUCAUGGAAACCAUCAAGUCGUUAUUCGAGCUACCUUCUGCUGCAAAAGGCGGUGCUUCUCAGUUACAAAGUUUGGUCGACAACGUGUCUGCACUUUAUAGUUCGCUGUUGUCAAUCGGCUCUGAUAAAAACAUUUCGCAUUUACUGCUCAUUCACCUUGUAAUGGACAAGGUUGAUGAAGAAACGCAAAAAAAGUGGAAGGAGUCGUUAGACUUCACAUCGCUACCAUCUUGGGAACAGUGCGCAAAGGUUCUUGAACGACGCUGUCAGUUUUUAGAGUCAGCAUCGGGCUCCCUCUCGUUUGGUGAUUCUGGUAUAUCCAGCUAUAAACAGGAAAACAGGAAUAAGCCGCCACACCACUUAAUUGGCAGUUGCUCUCGCUUCAAGCAACUGGAGAUUGCUGACCGCUUCAAAGAGGUUAAAAGAUGUAAACAUUGUGCUCGUUCUCAUCACAGCCUACUUCAUCGUGCUCCUACUUCAAACAAAAUGCAGUCAGUAUCGCUUUCUACAUCAUCACUUGAGCAACCAACGCAACCUGUAAGUACUGCAGCUACGCACACACAUCAAGAAAAAUCGCCACAAGACCAAGUCAUACUAGCAACUGCAGUGGUGCUCAUCCGAGAUGCGUCUGGCUGUUUUCAAUUCGGUAGAGCGCUACUCGACUCCUGCUCCCAAGUAAAAUUUAUUACCGAGGAGUUUUCCCGAAAAUUGCGCCUCCCAAGAGAAAGGCACCACGUUGAAAUCCAGAGCAUUGGGGACUCGGUAACAAAUAUUAAAUACAAGACAUCAGCCAUUGUCAAAUCACGAAUGUGUGACUAUGAGACACCAUUAUCGUUCCAUGUUACCUCGCAAAUCGCUUAUCAACCAGAGGCUGAAUUUAAUAUCACAUCUUGGAACUUGCCGGCUAACAUUGAACUCACCGACGAAAAUUUCUUUAAGCCAACACGUGUAGACCUACUCAUCGGCACAGAAAUCUUUUUCGACAUUCUGUCUAUUGGGCAAAUAAAGUUAGCACCUGGGUUACCGUCACUACAGAAGACUUUAUUAGGUUGGGUCGUCUCUGGCCGAUAUCAACGACCUACAGAAAAUUCAUCAUCAAUUUGCCUACUUUCGGUUGAAGAAUCAGUGGAUGCCAAUUUGCAACGCCUCUGGAAGCUGGAUGAACCAUCAAAGGCAGACAUGUGGACCACUGAGCAAAGGAAUUGUGAACAAAGUUACUUGCAAACCGUGCAGAGAAACGCCGAGGGGAGAGUUGUUGUCAAGCUACCGUUUAAAGAGGCCCCUCAUUGUCUUGGCCAGUCAUACGCAACUGCACUUCGAAGAUUUAUUGCUCAGGAGCGGCGUAUAACGCGCUGUCCUGACCUUCACCAACGAUACAUCGCAUUUAUGGAAGAGUAUUCCCGCCUUGGGCAUAUGAGCAUCGUUAAAAAGGUGGAUUUCGAUAAUCCACAUUACUAUGUGCCUCAUCAUUAUGUCCUGAAGCCAACUAGCACAACAACUAAGCUCAGGGUAGUAUUCGAUGCCUCCUGCAAGAGUACAACCCAAAGAUCACUCAACGAUAUUCUUGCUGUUGGGCCUACUCUGCAGAACGAUCUAUACAUCUUGCUACUACGGUUUCGAUUAUAUCGUUACACACUUACUGCUGAUAUCGUAAAGAUGUAUAGACAAAUUUUGGUGGAUAGAAACGAUCGCAAAUUCCAAUACAUCUUAUGGAGAAGUACGCCUCACGAUGAAAUACGCACUUACCAGUUAAACACGGUAACAUAUGGUACGGCGUCCGCGCCUUAUCUCGCUGUACAGAGCCUCAACUACAUUGCUGAUGCAUACGAAUCGGAUUAUGCUCUCGGUGCCAGCACAAUUAAAACGUCAUUCUACGUUGAUGAUCUUUUAUGCGGUGCCGAUACCCUGGCAGAGCUAUCGCAAAUCAAAUACGAAGUAACGGAGAUACUAAGGCGUGGUUGUUUCCCCUUGGCGAAGUGGCAUUCAAACCACUAUAAAUUUCGAGAAGAUGACACCAUGAAAGAUUUAAAUAUCGACGAAAGUUUUACAACGAGCACUUUAGGUAUACGAUGGGACCAAAUACGAGAUAUUUUCUUAUUCUCUUUUCAGUCGAAACAACCUGUGAAUGCACGUGGAACUAAGAGAUCAAUCUUAUCUAUUGCAUCAGCGCUUUUCGAUCCUUUGGGACUUCUCGCUCCGGUUAUUAUUACUGCAAAGAUCAUAUUACAAGAAAUAUGGCUUUUGAAGCUGAAUUGUGACAAGUCUGUGCCGCAGAACCUACAAACGGCUUGGGAACGAUUUCUCAAGGACAUAGCGCAUCUGAGUACGCUCUCAGUUCCAAGGUAUUCUGGAUCAACAAAUCACAACUCUUUACAAAUUCAUGGGUUUUGUGAUUCGUCUAUUCGAGCCUAUGGCUGUGCUAUUUAUCUUCGCUCGAAAUCAACAGAAGGCAAACCUACUGUCACCCUUUUGACUGCCAAGUCGCGUGUAGCUCCAAUUAAGAAGCAAUCGUUACCUAAACUCGAGUUGUGUGGCGCCUUGCUGUUAGCACGUCUACUACCAAAAUUAAACCUCUAUUCAACGCCAACACCACUGUGUUUCUGUGGACUGAUUCACAAAUUGUGCUACAUUGGCUUGAACUGCACUCAGCUACCCUAUCAACAUUCGUCGGUAAUCGAGUUUCAGAGAUUCAAGAUCUCACAGCAGAUGGCUCCGCAUUUUGGAGGCCUAUGGGAGGCCGCUGUGAAGUCAGCAAAGGGUCUUUUGAACCGCAGUAUGGCGAAUGGUCGCCUUACCUUUGAGGAACUGAACACAGUGAUGAUUUCUAUCGAAGCAAUACUAAAUUCACGGCCAAUUUCACCUUUGUCAUCAGACCCGAACGACCUUGAAGCCCUGACUCCAGGCCAUUUUUUAAUAGGUAGCUCUCUUAAAGCAAUCCCAGAGCGAGAGGAAAUGGGCACCAACAUUGAUCAUAUUAGCAAAUGGGCUCGCACUGUUGCGAUCAAACAAUCGUUUUGGCGAAGAUGGUCACAUGAAUAUAUAAACAGCUUGCAAGCGCGGACCAAAUGGACGAGUGGUAAUCCUAAUGUAUUGGAAGGAUUGCUAGUGAUUAUCCAAGACGAGAACGCACCUCCGCAGCGAUGGACUAUGGGACGUAUCAUCAAGUGCAUUGCUGGCAGUGAUAAUCGCAUUAGAGUCGUCGAUGUUAAAACUUCAAGAGGAAUCUUACGCCGACCAGUUCAUAAAAUAGCUGUACUACCUGCUUGA